AUGAAUAAAACUACGGGGGGGAUUGACCCCUCUCCACCCCCUCAGCAGCAGCAGCCUGUAGGUCAAACAGCAGCAGCAGCAGCAGCAGCAGACGAAGCAGCAGCAGCAGCAGAAGGAGAGCAAGCAACAGCAGCAGCAGAAGCAGAAGCAGCAGCAGAAGCAGCAGCAGGAGCAGCAGCAGAAGCUAAAACAGGGGAAACAUUCGCAGGUGCACUAGCGGAGUUAGCAGUGCCUAUACUCCCUACAGCAGCAGACGAAGCAGCUGUUGCUGCUGCAGCAGAAGCAGCAGAAGCAGCAGAAGCAGCAGCAGCAGAAGAAGAAGAAGCAGCAGCAGCAGCAACAGCAGCAGGAGUGACUCUAGCAGCAGCAUAUCCUGCUGCAGGUGUAUUAGAUUCUUCAUUUGAUGCUGCGCCUGCAGCAGCAGCAGCAGAAGCAGGUGCUGCUGCUGCUGCUGCUGCUGCUGCUGCAACAGAAGCAUCAAGAGAAGUAUCAGGAGAACCAGGAGAAGCAGCAGCAGUGUCUGCUGGAGCAGCAGCGUCUGCAGCAGCAGCAGCAGAUGCAGCAGCAGGAGAACCAGCAGCAGCAGCAACAGCAGCAACCAGUACCCCAGCAGCAUCAUCAUUAGAUACAUUAGGACCAUCAGCAGCACGACUAUCUCCAUCUACAGCAGCAGCAGCAGCAACAGGAGCAGCAGCAGCAGAAGGGGGACAUAGACCGUAUGGUGUGUAUAAGAGGGGACAUUGUGUUGCUGCUGCUGCUGCUGGUCCUUCUUUGCUGCUGCCUCGAUCCCCUGGGAUCCGAUCCCGAUCCACGUCUCCUAGUCCUUCUUCCUUAAGGAGACGCAGGGACCCCACACACAGCAGCAGCAGCAGCAGCAGCAGCAGCAGCAGCAGCAAUGUAUGUAAGAUUAAUGUGGGGCCCAAGUACCAAGUACCCUACUUACCUGAUUUCUUCUUAGCAGCAACAGAACCUUAUGGAGGGGGGCCCCCCUGUACCCUAGAAGGGGGGGGCCCCUGUACCCUUCUUGGGGGGCCCCCCUUAGAGGAAUUAGAAGAGGAGGGGCCCCAUGCACCAAAACUGGUUUACUCUGCUAGGGAAUUGUUGCGUGCUGCUGCUGCUCGUUCUGCUGCUGCUGCUGCAGCAGCAGGAGAAGGAACAACAUCAGCAGCAGGAGGAGCAGCAGCAGAAGGAGGCGAGGAGGGAGCAGCAGCAGCAGCAGCAGCAGCAGCAGAAUACGUAAUAAGUACAGAGGAGGAAUUAUCGAUAUAUUUACAGCAUGCAGCAGCAAGUUGGGGGGGCCCCCUCCGAGGGGCCCCUGAUGGGGCCCCCCCUCCUGCUGGUACGCCUGGGGGCCCUGGGGGCCCCCCUAUACCACCAUUUUCUCCAGAUUUCGCGCUGCAGCUGCUGCAUGCAGCAAACUAUGAUGCUGCUGCUGCGCUGCGGCUGCUAAGAGACAGCAGCUGCUGCUGGGUGUCUCUUUGUGAUGUACCAAGGAGACAGUAUAAUAAUAAAUGGAGACCAAGGGACAGAAGAGGGACUGUAUCUAAUAGUCCCUUCCCUUCUCCUUAUAUACUUAAAGGGUAUACUGCUGCUGCAGCAAGACAUUGCAUGCAGGAGCAGCAACAGCAGAAGCAGCAGCAGCAACAGCAACAGCAGCAACAGCAGCAACAUCAUAGGAGACACCAUAGGGACUGUCUCUAA